GCGGAAAGGUGAUGCUUUCGCGGCGAUCUUUUGCUUUGCCUUCGCGUCGCCGUGUUCGUACUCGACUCGCAUUCACGGAUGAUAAUAUUCAGAGUUCCGACUGAUUCUAUAUGAAUAGUGAUUAUUUAAAAGCGUCGUUGUUAUGAAGUGAUCGGGUUAUGAUUUUGAAGUAGAAAGCCGACUGUGAGACAGUAUUUGUUUGUGUAUAUUUGACCUAAUAUCUUGGUACAAGGUGAUACGAAUCCGUGAAUCCGUGCGUGUUAUUUGUGAGUUUAUGUGUCAAGCUGUGUUUUAGGACCGGUGCUUAUUAUUUUUAAUUGAAGAUAUUUGAGCGUGGCGCGGUGAGGUGCCGCAGGUCGCCAUGACGACCGACAUCUCGGUGUCCCGCUGGGACCCCAGCAUCGGCCACGGCCAGGAGAUAAUAGAUGACUUCGAGUACGACGGCGGCAACUCAUCAUCGAGGCUUUUCGAACGAUCGCGCAUCAAAGCGCUUGCAGACGAACGAGAGAGCGUACAGAAGAAGACAUUUCAAAAAUGGGUGAAUUCUCACCUGGUGCGUGUGGGCUGCCGCAUCAGCGACCUGUACGUGGACAUGAGGGACGGCAAGAUGCUCAUCAAGCUGCUGGAGGUGCUCUCUGGGGAGAGGCUGCCACGACCGACGAAAGGCAAAAUGCGUAUCCAUUGCCUGGAGAAUGUGGACAAAGCGUUGCAGUUCUUGCGCGAGCAGCGCGUGCACCUCGAGAACAUGGGCUCGCACGACAUCGUGGACGGCAACGCCAGGCUCAACCUGGGCCUCAUCUGGACCAUCAUCCUGAGAUUCCAGAUACAAGACAUAACAAUCGAAGAAACUGACAACAAAGAGACAAAGUCCGCAAAGGACGCCUUGCUAUUAUGGUGCCAAAUGAAGACGGCCGGCUACAACAACGUUAACGUGAGGAACUUCACCACCUCGUGGCGGGAUGGGUUGGCGUUCAACGCCAUCAUACACAAGCACAGACCAGACCUCAUACAGUUUGAGAAGUUGCACAGAAGCAACCAGAUACAGAACCUUAAUAAUGCCUUCAACGUCGCAGAGGAGAAGCUUGGGCUCACUAAGCUUUUGGACGCCGAAGAUAUCGCAGUGGAACACCCAGACGAGAAGUCCAUCAUCACAUAUGUGGUGACAUACUACCACUACUUCAGCAAGAUGAAGCAGGAGACAGUCCAAGGCAAGAGGAUCGGCAAGGUGGUCGGCAUCGCUAUGGAGAAUGAGAAGAUGAUGCAUGAAUAUGAGACUCUCACCAGUGAUCUCCUGCAAUGGAUCGAGCGCACGAUCGAAGCUCUGGGCGACAGAACGUUUGCCAACUCUCUGGAGGGCGUGCGCCAACAGCUCAUACAGUUCGCUAACUACCGCACCGUCGAGAAGCCUCCCAAAUUCGUUGAAAAGGGCAACCUGGAGGUGCUACUGUUCACGCUGCAGUCCCGCAUGCGCGCGGCCAACCAGAAGCCCUACACGCCGCGCGAGGGCCGCAUGAUACACGACAUCAACCGCGCCUGGGAGCGCCUGGAAAAGGCCGAGCACGAGCGCGAGCUGGCUCUGCGCGAGGAGCUCAUCCGACAGGAGAAGCUGGAACAGCUCGCAGCUAGGUUCAACCGCAAAGCGCAAAUGCGUGAGACGUGGCUGUCGGAGAACCAGCGGCUGGUGAGCCAGGACAACUUUGGCUUCGACCUGGCGGCCGUGGAGGCGGCGGCGAAGAAGCACGAGGCGAUCGAGACUGACAUCUUCGCGUACGAGGAGCGAGUGCAAGCUGUCGUUGCUGUCUGCUCGGAGCUUCAGGCCGAACGUUACCACGACAUGGAGCGAGUGUGCGCCCGUCGCGACAACGUCCUUCGGCUGUGGGCGUACCUGCUGGAGCUGUUGCGAGCGAGACGCGCGCGCCUCGAGCUGUCGCUACAUCUGCAACAGAACUUCCAGGAAAUGCUGUACAUCCUGGAUUCGAUGGAGGAGAUCAAGAUGCGUCUACUGACAGACGACUACGGCAAACAUCUGAUGGGCGUCGAAGACCUGUUGCAGAAGCAUGCUCUGGUUGAAGCCGACAUCAAUGUGUUGGGAGAGCGCGUCAAGGUGGUCGUGGGCCAUUCGCAGCGAUUCUUGGAGCAGGAAGAGGGCGGCUACCGGCCGUGCGACCCCGCCAUCACCGUGGAACGUAUCCAGCAGCUCGAGAACGCUUACGCCGAACUGGUGCACCUUGCUGUCGAGCGCAGAAAGCGCUUGGAAGACAGCCGUAAGCUGUGGCAGUUCUACUGGGACAUGGCUGACGAGGAGAACUGGAUCAAGGAGAAGGAGCAGAUCGUGUCUGUGGAUGACAUCGGACAUGACCUUACCACUGUGUACCUGCUGAUAUCGAAGCACAAGGCUUUGGAGGCGGACAUGCAGGCGCACGAGCCGCAGCUCAUGCGUGUAGCUGCCGUUGGCGACGAGCUCAUCUCGCAGGGACACUUCGGCGCCGACAGGAUCCAGGACCGUCUCCGCGACAUCCUGUCCCAAUGGAACCACCUGCUGGACGUGGUCUCCCUGCGCAAGAACCGCCUGGACGCCGCCGUGCGCUACCACCAACUGUUCGCCGAUGCUGAUGACAUCGACAACUGGAUGCUGGACACGCUCAGACUGGUGUCGUCCGAAGACACGGGCGUGGAUGAGGCUCAAGUGCAAAGCUUGCUGAAGAAACACAAAGACGUCACCGACGAACUGAAGCACUAUGCCAACGUCAUCCAGCAGUUGAAGCAACAGGCAAGCGAACUAAGUCCCGAAGACGCGAACAGCGGCGAAGUCCGCGAAAGACUGGCGGCCAUCGACGCGCGUCACGGCGAGCUGGCCGAGCUGGCGCGACUGCGCAAGCAGCGGCUGCUCGACGCGCUCUCGCUGUUCAAGCUGCUGGCCGAGGCUGAUGCUGCGGACCAGUGGAUCGCGGAGAAGGACCGCAUGCUCGACACCAUGCUGCCGCCUAAGGACAUUGACGAUGUGGAGAUUAUGAAGCACAGAUACGACGGUUUCGACAAGGAGAUGAACGCGAACGCGUCGCGCGUGGCCGUCGUGAACCAGCUGGCGCGGCAGCUGAUCCACGUGGAGCACCCGCAGGCGCCCGCCAUACAGGAGCGGCAGGCCGAGCUCAACAACGCGUGGAGCACGCUCAGAGAGAAGGCGGAGGGUAAGAAAGACGAGCUGAAGUCCGCGCAAGGCGUGCAGACGUUCUACAUCGAGUGCCGCGAGACUGUGUCGUGGAUCGAGGACAAGAAGCGCAUCCUGCAACAGACUGACAACCUCGAGAUGGAUCUCAACGGCGUGAUGACUCUCCAACGUCGCCUGUCCGGCAUGGAGCGUGACCUGGCCGCUAUCCAGGCGCGCAUCACGUCUCUGGAGAACGAAGCCAGCGCCGUGGAGGACGAGCAUCCCGAGGAGGCGCGCCUCAUCCGCGAGAGGAUCCACACCAUCACCGACAACUGGGACCAGCUCACGCAGAUGCUCAAAGAACGCGACUCGAAGUUGGAAGAGGCGGGAGACUUGCACCGGUUCUUGCGGUCAGUGGACCACUUCCAGGCCUGGCUCACCAAAACCCAGACCGACGUCGCUUCCGAAGAUAUACCAGCAAGCUUGCCGGAGGCAGAGAAGUUGCUGUCUCAACACCAGACCAUCAAGGAAGAGAUCGACAAUUACAAGGACGAGUACGCCAAGAUGAUGGAGUAUGGAGAGAAGAUUACUGCGGAUCCAUCAACACAAGACGAUCCUCAGUACAUGUUCCUGCGCGAGCGUUUGAAGGCUCUGCGCGAGGGUUGGGCGGAGCUGCAGCAGAUGUGGGAGAACCGCCAGCAGCUGCUGACUCAGAGCCUGGAGCUGCAGCUGCUGCAGCGCGACGCCAGGCAGGCUGAAGUGCUGCUGUCUCACCAGGAACACAGGCUUGCUAAGGCUGAACCACCGGCAAACUUGGAGCAGGCCGAAAAUACUAUCAAGGAACACGAGGCCUUCUUAACCACCAUGGAAGCUAACGACGACAAGAUCAACUCGGUCGUACAGUUCGCCAACCGCCUCGUCGAAGAGAGACAUUUCGACGCCGACAAGAUCCAACGCAAGGCCGAAAGCAUCAGAGGAAGGCGAGAUUCGAACAGAGAUAAGGCGCUGCAACAAAUGGAGAAACUCCAGGAUCAACUCCAACUACAUCAAUUCCUCCAAGAUUGCGACGAGUUAGCCGAAUGGGUGCAAGAAAAGAAUCUGACCGCUCAAGACGAUACUUACCGCUCGGCCAAAACUAUCCACUCAAAAUGGACGCGUCAUCAAGCAUUCGAGGCUGAAAUCGCGGCUAACAAGGAACGCCUGUUCGCAGUACAGAACGCAGCUGAAGAGCUCAUGAAACAGAAGCCGGAGUUCGUUGAGAUCAUUUCACCCAAGAUGCACGAACUCCAAGACCAAUUCGAGAACCUCCAAACGACGACCAAGGACAAGGGCGAGCGUCUCUUCGACGCCAACCGCGAGGUUCUCCUCCACCAGACUUGCGACGACAUCGACUCGUGGAUGAACGAGCUCGAGAAGCAAAUCGAGAACACAGACACCGGCACUGAUCUGGCAUCUGUGAACAUUCUGAUGCAGAAGCAACAGAUGAUAGAGACUCAGAUGGCGGUGAAAGCCAAGCAAGUGACAGAACUGGAAACCCAGGCGGAGUACCUGCAGAAGACAGUGCCCGACAAGAUGGAGGAGAUCAAAGAGAAGAAGAAGUUGGUGGAGAACCGUUUCGAGCAGUUGAAAGCGCCUCUGCUGGAUCGCCAGCGUCAUUUGGCCAAGAAGAAGGAGGCGUUCCAGUUCCGUCGCGAUGUCGAGGAUGAGAAGUUGUGGAUCCACGAGAAGAUGCCGUUGGCGACCAGCACCGAUUACGGAAACUCCUUGUUCAAUGUGCAAAUGCUCCAGAAGAAGAACCAGUCGCUGAAGACGGAGACCGAUAACCACGAGCCGCGGAUACUGACGGUCAUCUCCAACGGACAGAAGCUGAUCGACGAGGGACACGAAGAUGCGCCCGAAUUUAAAAAGCUUAUUGACGAACUCACCGCGCGGUGGCGAGAACUUAAAGAUGCCAUCGACCAAAGGAAAGACAAUCUGUCCCAAUGGGAGAAAGCUCAACAGUACCUCUUCGACGCAAACGAAGCGGAGGCGUGGAUGAGUGAACAGGAGCUGUACAUGAUGGUGGAGGAUCGCGGCAAGGACGAGAUCUCCGCGCAGAACCUGAUGAAGAAGCACGAGAUCCUGGAGCAGGCAGUGGAUGACUACGCGCAGACCAUCCGACAGCUGGGAGAGACUGUCCGCCAACUGACCAGCGAGGAACAUCCUUUGAGCGAACAAAUCUCCGUGAAGCAGUCGCAAGUGGACAAACUGUACGCGGGUCUCAAAGACCUGGCCGGCGAGAGACGCGCCAAGCUCGACGAGGCGUUGCGGCUGUUCCAGCUGUCGCGCGAGGUGGACGACCUGGAGCAGUGGAUCACGGAGAGGGAGCUGGUCGCCAGCUCGCAGGAGCUGGGACAGGACUACGACCAUGUCACAUUGCUAUGGGAGAGGUUCAAGGAGUUUGCGCGCGAGACGCAAGCGGUGGGCGCCGAGCGUGUGGCCACGGCCGAGAGGAUCGCCGACCAGAUGAUCGCCAUGGGCCACUCGGACAACGCCACCAUCGCGCAGUGGAAGGAGGGCCUGCGCGAGACCUGGCAGGACCUGCUGGAACUGAUUGACACCAGGACACAGAUGCUGGCAGCGUCCCGGGAGCUACACAAGUACUUCCACGACUGCAAGGACACACUGCAGCGCGUCAACGAGAAGGCGCGCGGCGUGAGCGAGGAGCUGGGCCGCGACGCCGUCAGCGUCGGCGUGCUGCAGCGCAAGCACCACAACUUCAUGCAGGACCUGAGCACUCUGCAGCAACAGGUGGAGGCGAUCAGCGCGGAGUGCGCGCGCCUGGGCGCGUCGUACGCGGGCGACAAGGCGGCGGAGAUCACGCGGCGCGAGGCGGAGGUGGCGGAGGCGUGGCGCGCGCUGCAGGCCACGUGCGCCGCGCGCCGCGCCAAGCUGGAGGACGCCGACCACCUGUACCGGUUCCUGAACAUGGUGCGCGACCUCACGCUGUGGAUGGACGACGUCGUGCGCUCCAUGAACACUGGGGAGAAGCCGCGGGAUGUGAGCGGCGUGGAGCUGCUCAUGAACAACCACCAGUCGCUGAAGGCGGAGAUCGAGACACGGGAAGACAACUUCACGUCUUGCAUCGGCCUGGGACGGGAACUGCUGGGGAGGCAACACUACGCGUCGCCCGACAUCCGCGACAAGCUGCUGCAGCUGACCAACCAGCGGAACGCGCUGCUGCGCCGCUGGGAGGAGCGCUGGGAGAACCUGCAGCUCAUCCUGGAAGUGUAUCAGUUCGCGCGCGACGCCGCCGUGGCCGAAGCGUGGCUGAUCGCUCAGGAGCCGUACCUGAUGUCGCAAGAGCUGGGUCACACUAUAGACGAAGUGGAAAGCCUCAUAAAGAAACAUGAGGCCUUUGAGAAGUCCGCAGCGGCUCAAGAGGACAGGUUCAGCGCCUUACAGAGACUCACCACGUUUGAGGUGAAAGAGAUGAAGCGACGACAGGAAGCGGCAGAAGCAGCGGAAAGAGAAAGACAGGAGCGUGAAGCGGCGGAAGCAGCCGCAGCAGCAGCCGCAGCUCAGGAUGCGGUCGACCGCGCCGCGUCUCCGGAACCGCAGCCGCAAGUCGUAAGGAGAACAUCCACUAAAGCGGCUGAGAAGGCCCAAGAGCGACCGCAUUCCCAGCCAGAGGCGCCUAGCCCCCCCGCCCCCGCCAGCUCGCCCCCGGUGAGCCCGUCCCCAGCGAGCUCGCCCCCGGUGAGCCCGUCCCCAGUGAGCUCGCCCCCGGUGAGCUCGUCCCCCGCCUCACCCCCGCUGCAAGACACGCCCCGCCCCUCCUCGUCGAAACAAACACCAGCCAAACCCGCACGCCUGUCCACUGCCGGCGCGAGUUCCACGCCCACCACGCCGUCCACGUCCGGUAAGGUGAAGACGCGCUCUCGCAGCAAGUCUCCCUUCAGAAGCUUCAGAUGGCGCACGGCGAAGAAACUCCUCACCGGAUCCCACCAUAGUGAUGACGAAGAGGGCGCCAGUCCUGCGGGUGAAGACGAAGGCGUUGAAGGCACGCUAGUUCGCAAACACGAGUGGGAGUCGGCCGCUAAGCGAGCUUCCAACAGGUCGUGGGACAAGGUGUUCGUGGUGGCGAAGGACGGGCGCAUGUCGUUCUACAAGGACCAGAAGUCGUACAAGGCGACGCCGGAGCAGCACUGGCGCGGCGAGCCGCCGCUCGACCUCAACGGCGCCGUCGUCGAGGUCGCCGCCAACUACACCAAGAAGAAGCACGUCUUCCGCCUCAGGUUGAGCAACGGCGCAGAGUUCCUGCUGCAAGCGCAUGACGAGGCCGAGAUGAGCGGCUGGCUGGACGCUCUGCGCGCGCGCUCGGCCGCGCCCGCGCCGCGCUCGCACACGCUGCCCGCGCACCACGCGCAAGAGCCCAAGCGGCGCUCCUUCUUCACACUCAAGAAGAAGUCAGUACAAGCGCUCACCUAUCUCUACUCGCCAUAGCGGCGUUGCAUGUGCACGUGUGUAAUUUUAUAUUGAUAGAUGGGGUUGGAAGCUUUAUGUCCAUCAGUAGAAAGGGAUUCUAAGUUUUAUGUCCACCAGUAGAAAGGGAUUCUAAGGUUUCUGUCCAACAGCAGUGUGGGAUUCUAAGCUUUAUGCCCACUCCCAGAGUUUCUGAUAUGUUUUUGCCAUUCCUACAGUCCACGCUGUAGUUAUGUCACUGUAUAUCGCACACGCUGUCCGAGUACCACGCGCAGGAUCUCAAGCGGCGCUCCUUUUUCACCCUCAAGAAGAACUGAACGUCGCAGCGCCCUCGCCGCUCCGCCGCGCAUCGUCAGUCAUUACACGCCGCGUCCCCUCAGUACCCGGUGUCGGGUACCUUGUACCCGGUGCCCGGUACCCGGUACCGGGUAUCCAGUACCCGGUACCGCAGCCCCGGACGCCGCAUAUUUCUCACGACGCUUGCUUAUCGUAAGCUUUGCUAAUGACGAAAUUGUGCCGAGCGGCCCCUCGAGUGCCGGUUGUUCGCCGAUUUGUUAUUAUUUUGUUGCGUACAAAAAUAUGAAGAAAAAAAAAACGUUAUUUAAGACUGUUCGAUGUUUGAGUGUUUGAAUCGUUUGCCUUUCGUCUGUCUGGAGCCGUAUUUAUUGGUCGGUAGCUAUGGAGCUAUGUGAUGCAUUGACAUGGAAAAUUGCAAAUGUCGUAAUACUUUUUUUUACGUACUUCACUACAAAAUCUCUUUUAUAUCUAAAGGGAUAUAUCCUAAUUACGGGAUACAUACGAGUAAACUUUCCUUUACUACAAAGGCAUGUUUUAAAUUUUCGUGAAUACGAAAUUAAAUAUCAUAACAUGCUUUAACGAUUGCGUUCCAGAAAUGCAUGAUUUAAAAAAAUAUUUUUAAUUGAAAAUCCUCCAAGUAUUUUACGAUGUUUGCCAAUUUUCCGAAAUCGAUAUUUUAUCAGAGUACGGUACAAUCCCACCAUGGCGUGCUGUUGUAUCUUGGAAAUAAAUAAAUAAACAUUUAUUUAAAAAAAAUUUUAAAUGCGACGCUAUUUGUAUUGAUAGACGAGUUUUAGUGUUUAACUCAGAUGAAAGAAUAUUAUAUAUAUAUUAUUUAUUUAUAUAAUAUAAUGCGUAUAUCAAAAUAUUAUUAUAUAUUAAUAUAUGUAACUGAUAAAUUAUAGUUGUAAAUUCAGUUGAAAAUAGAAAAUGUAUGACGUUUGAUUGAUAUUAUUUAUUUGUAUCAUCCGAUGACUUGAUGUUUUUUAUAGAUUUAUUGACGACCAAAUCGAGUAAUAGAUGGAAAUAAAAAGGGAAUUUGAAUCGCAAUGAUGUUGAUGACCCGAGGAGAUAAUUGCUAUGAUUGUAAUCGCAUUUAUAAGACACAUUUGAAACCCCCCUCUUCCCUGCCCCCCCAGUGAACGAUUGUUAUGGAGCAAUUAUUCAGAGUGUAAAACGUAGGCUACGUAAUUGAAUUAGGAUUACUUUUUAUCCAUUUUUAAAUGAUUCUUCGUUCCCGAAAACUUCAAAAUCGCUGUUAAUUUAUGCGUAUAAAAAUAAAAAAAAGUUAAUAAAUUUAUAUCUAAAUUUCUUCUUAGACGGUAAUGUUAGGGGUCGUAAUGUGGUAUAGGUGCAGUGACACUUAGGACAGCGAUUUCGAAGUGUUCUCGUAUAGUAUGAGAUCCGGCAGAAGGAAUGUAUACACUCAUCUGUUAUUUAAUUGGGAUAUAAAUGAUAGAAAAUUUUGACACAUUGCAAUGUAUCAAUGUUGUCAACAUAUGUUGCCUAGUUAAGUUGUGACCAAACAGUAAUAUAUGAUUAUUUAUUUAUUUAAUCUCCUCCUCUCACUGGUUUUAAUUAAAUUAAAAACUAUAUCACCUACACUAGUUAAUAGAAUAUACCCAAAAGAUUUGAAAACGUAAAGGUUGCCUGCUUUCACAUUGCAACUGUGGUAUUGCCAGAAAUAAACAGUUAAUUAAUGUUAUACAAAUACAACAGUUAUUUAGUCGUCUAAUAUGUCAAAUAAAAGCUUAUUUUAUGCUUCAUUUAAUUUUGGUUGCCUUUGAUCUAGUUCAUGGAUUUCUAGAUUUGGUAUGAAAAAUGUGUUUGGCCUCAAUUUAACUAGGCUACCUAUUUGCAAUGUGUCACUGUGAUUAUCUGCCAUUUAUUUCAUAGUACUAAUGAAUAACAGAUGAGGGUAUAUAUUUCUAAUGCCGGAUCUUAGACCAGUAUAAGAGUUGUAAGUAUGCUUUAUAUGCCUCAUAUCGUGCUUUUAAGUGAUAAUGUGUCUUUAUUAAUUGUAUUGAAGUUUUUAAUUUAAUGAUUAUUUUACUGCCAAUGUUUCACAAAUUGUUAUUUCUUUUCUAAUACUUGCGUAUGUCUGAAUUUCACCCUAUUUAGAUGUUACGAACACACAUUCUUAGUUCAUUUUACGUCUUAUGAUUAUUGUAUAGACGCGCGCGUGUGUGCGUGAGUGUGUGACUGUGUGUGCGCCUCUCGUCACGCUAGCGCAUGUAUAACUAUGUUUAAAUAUUUUAUUUCAAAAUUUUACUUUUUCGAGGAAAAUAUAAUAAAUGAUGUUUUCAAAUA